AUGAAUCCUGAGUUAAUAUAGUUGGAAUACAAUGAUAGGAAAAUUCCUACUAAAUUUAUAAGUGAAGAAAAUAUGGAUGAAGACACUAGUAUUUAAAUAAAGAUUUCAUUAAAUGUAAUUAUAGUUGUUAUUUAAUAAUCAAUAGAGUAAAAAAGCAAUGAUUUGAUGGAAUAAUUAAGGUAUUUCCAACUUCUGUUCAAAAUAUAUUAUCAUUCAAAAACUUUAUUUCAUUCUUAUAGAUGUAUAGACUCUGAAAAUUUGUCAUAUCAAUUUAAAUUCGGAUAUGUUCUUGAUAUUAAUCAGAUAGUUACUUAAUUUUUAAUAUCAUUACAAUAAUAAUUUGUAUAAACAAUUGCUAUAUACAAUACUUAGUAAACCUAUUUAAUUUUAUGCUUUGGAAAUAUAAAUCUAUUAGAGUAAUAAUAUUAUUGGAUUCUAUAAGUAAUUAUUGCAUAAAAAAUCAUUAGAAGUAUUAAGAGUGCAAAAGAGCUAAGGAAAUAGUUUAGACUAAUGCGAUUUUAUAUAGUGAAAUAAUAUCAAGUCAAGAAGAAGUUCUAAAAAUUAAGGACUAUUAAGAAGGAAUUUAUAAUAGACUUUAUUUUAAAGGUAAUCAGUUGA